AUGGCAGAACAAGCACGCUCAGGAGCUGUCUUCGACUUCGGCGAUGUCCAAGAAGCUCUGGAACAGUCAACCAAUAAUGUACAGCAGCCGCACGCACAAUCGCCUCCAACUCUAGAACAAGCCCUUGGUAGAAUCGCUGAGCUCGAGGCAGUGAAUACAACGCUCCGCCAGGGUUAUGAUGAUCUUCACACAGAAUAUCAUCGCCAAAAAGAAGACCAUGAACGAGCAAUAACCAAUGAAGACGCCGUAGAAGAAGAGCUUGAACGUGCUCGGGAGCAUCAUCAGGAACUAGAGGAAGAAAACCAGGAGCUGCGAGGUCAGAUUCGAGAGUUUCAAGGUUUACUGGCUGCGCUAGAGAGGAAUCCUAAUAGGCAGGGGGCAUAUCACAGGGCAGUUAUUCGAUUCGCGCGUGCAAAUCUGAGGAUAGAAGAGCUUGAAGAGCGUAAUCAGCAAUUCCAGGAAAUUGCCGAGAGGUUGCAAGGAGAGGUUGCGCAGCUGUCUGCUCGUUUGGAGUUAAAUCAUGAAGCAUUUCAAGGUUUGCUGCAGGAGAUUCGUGGGCGUCUCGCGAGGGUGGUAACAGCAUACUGGGCCAGCCGAGAAUGA